AGUCUCCACGGCCACGCUGUUUUUUCAGUCUCUGCUACAAAACAUAACAACAGAGCACCCUUCCUGACAAGACAAUCUACAAACUACAGCAAUGGAAGAAAGCUCUAUACGCACAAUUAUAUAGGAGUCGGACAGAUGCCUGUACUGGGACAGAAACGUGGAUGACACAUUUAAACUGGUUUUGGCUCAUAUAGACUGGACUACAAAGGACAAAGAGCUGUUGAGGCAGUCAACAUAAGCAGACCUACAAACCAGUUUUGUGUGAACGUGGGUUUAGAAAUCAUUACAUUGGUGUAAAUAUGUCGGACCACAGGUCUAAAAUGUCCCCUUUUAAUGAUACUGAGCAGAGGAGUUCAACAGCAAAGCGAAAGAAGAAAAACAAGUGGUUUCGUAAAAAGAUGCAGAAUUUACAGGGAAAUGGUUACGUAGCUGGUCAACACAAAUACAACCAUCACAAAGUUGGCUCUGGACAUGACCAAAUUCCACACCAAAAUGGAGCUUCGACAAAAGGCCCACCACCUUGCACUUCCACACAAAACAAAAGUUUGCCUUAUCAAGCCAGCACAGCCAGUGCCUCACACUGUAGCUCCAGGCCUUCAGCAUCCACACACAGCAUGCCUUCCUUGACUGUCACUGUGUUCAACCAAGACAGCCAUGAAAAACCAAAGGAACCUGUGACCCCAACAUCCGCAACCACCAGCCCCAGUCCCUCAGCGUCAAGCAGCCAUAAGCCCACCGCCUCAUCAGCAGGAAUUCCCACAAAGUACCUCGCUAUUGACUGUGAGAUGGUGGGAGCGGGACCAAAAGGGAGCAUCAGCCAGCUUGCACGUUGUAGUGUUGUGUCCUAUGAAGGAGAUGUGGUCUAUGAUAAGUUCAUCAAGCCCACCAUGCCUAUCACCGACUACCGUACCCGAUGGAGCGGCAUCCGACGCAGUGAUCUUGCCAACGCCACACCGUACUCAGAGGCCAGGAAGGAGAUACUGAAGCUGAUCAAUGGGAAAGUGGUGAUCGGCCAUGCCAUCCACAAUGACUUCAAGGUCCUCAAUUACUCUCACGCCAAUGCCUUGACCAGGGAUACAUCCCGAAUCCCUCUGCUCAACCAGAGGGCCGGCUUUCCUGAGUAUCAGUGUGCUUCACUGAAGAGACUCACAAAGGCCAUCUUUAACCGUGACAUCCAGACCGGGAGAAGGGGCCACUCUUCUGUGGAGGAUGCUAGAGCUUCCAUGGCACUUUACAAAGUGGUGGAAGAGGAGUGGGAGAGGAACCUUGCCUGCAAAUCACACACCAGGUAGUGCCAUGUUUGGCCAGACCACAAGGGAAUAAACUCGGUUUAAAUGAAUACUUGAGUGACUCACUGAGGGUUUCACUGUCCUAUUGGCACACAAGUGAAGGAACGAAAAAAACUGUACCUGAUCACGUGGUAUACUGGACAAACUUCAACCAGCUGCCUGAAAUUUAAAACUGUACCAUUACCAUGGGAGAAGAAGCAUAUGAAUAACUGUUGAAGCAGGCAUUUUGCUGUGACCUUUAGUUUCAGAUGUUACAUUCUUUCUCAGGGUUUACAAUGUGUUUAAAUGGUGCUCCUGCCACUUGGGGGCAGUCAUGUCUUUCCAGCAGCAAUGUUGCAAUAGAAUCUAUAAUCCCAAAAAACCCCCCACUAUUUUCAAGCUUUCAGCAGUUUAGCUGUCUUUGGACUACAUUCAGUCCAGUCGUGUUACACAGAUGUGUUCUCAUUAAUCUUGCCAUUUAAACAAUGAUGGUGAAUUCAAAUCUGACUAAAAUGCUAUUGAAAAAGCUUCAUCAUGUGUCACUUAAUUAUUUCAAAUCAGAAAUUGAGAGAUAAUAUUGUUAUACUUCUCAUUUUUGUUUUUCAGGAGCUCAUGAGUCCUGUGUGUAGACUGUAAACGAAGCAAAAGUUUACCUGUCUUAUCCAAAGUCGUUUAAAUCAAUCCAACUGGACUUUAAGAAGGUUCCUUGAAGACGUUUCACCUCUCAUCCAAGAGGAAUAACACUGACCACACCUCACAGAGCUUAUAAGCUGAGGCAACAACAACCACCACCAGAACUGAAGAAGCCUCUUGGAUGAGAGUUGAAACAUCUUCAAGGAACCUUCUUAAACUCCAGUUGGAUUGAAUUAAACAACUUUGGAUAACCAUGACCUGGAUGAAUGAGAAACUACACAGACAUUUUACCUGUCUUAUUUCUUGAUGUUGGUAAAAGAAAAAACAAAUCCAAGCAUAUAUGCGUAUAAAGUAUGUACUGUUUAAGUUGAUGAUACAUAUUAAUGGAGGAAAAUUAGGUUCUUGUGUUCUACUUUUUUUUCUAUUUUUUUUUUUUUGCUUUUACUUUUUCCAGUUUCUAAAUGUGGUAUUAUGGAAAGUGAAACUGGUUACUUUCAGACUUUGUACAGUUUCCUAUGCAAUGUCAGACAAAUUCAGCUGUCAAUGCUACCAUGAGCUUGGUCUUAAUUUGAAUAAAUCAUUGCCACAACAAUUUUGUGAUAUUAAAAUAAUUACUGCGAUGAAGCCAGAUUUAUUGAAAUAACUUGCAGCUUGUCUAAUGAUUAAGUGCGCAGAACAGUAAACAUUUAACUUUUCCUUUGCAACCCUCA